AUGAAGGCCCGAAAGAAGGAUGUUACCUCAUGCUCGACUAAUAAGGCUCUCCCAAUCUGGGAGAAAAUCUGGAAAGCAAAAUCUGCCCCAAAAAUUCUGACUUUUGGGUGGAAGGCAUUACAUGACAGCAUACCAGUUCAAGCUAAUCUGAUAAAACGGCAGUUGUGUGCUGAGGGACGGUGUCAAAUGUGUGGUGAGGAGGAAGAAACGGUUAUGCACGCGCUUGUUAAAUGCCCCGAUGCUGCCAUGAUUUGGCGCACCUCGCCACUGCGUGUUGAUACGAGUGUGGUGGUUGAGCGGAAGCUCAUGGAGUGGUGCUUGGUGCUUCAAAAAGAUUACAAAGAAGACUUGUGGUGGAGUUUAUUCUGGAAUUUUUUUUGGGGCAUUUGGUUGAAGCGUAAUGCGUGGAUUUUUAAUCAACGCAAGAUUACCAUCAUGGAGGUUAUUAACAAUGCUGCCAAGUUUGUAAGUGAAUAG